AAUCGGGCGGAAGUACUGUUGUUAAAGGAGGUUGUUGCAUUCUGAUGUUGCUAACCAUAACCACUAUGUCUUCCUUAGAAAUUCAAAACGAAAGAGGGGGUCUUGGAGAAAACACAUCGGGAGCGAAAAGAAAAAAUUCUCUAUCAACUUGUGGCGUAUGUGGAGCAGAUGAGGCCAAGUAUAAAUGCCCAGCCUGUGUGAAACAGUCCUGCAGCUUUUUGUGUGUUAGAAAACACAAAGAAGAAUCUGGAUGCAGUGGAUUUAGGGCCAAGACUGCGUUUGUGGCCCUCUCCAAGUUUGACGAGAUGAACCUUCUUAAUGACUACCGGUUCCUGGAGGAUACAACACGUUUGGCUGGAAGCUCCUCCAGAGACAACCCUGAUCCGCACACCUCACAUGACUUUUAAAGCCAAGAAGCUGACCGCCUGCGCCAGGAAAAUGAACAUAACUCUGAAGUUCCUCCCCGUGGCCUUCACGAAGAGCAGGGACAACUCAACUAUGUUUUUGACCAAAGAGAAACGCUUUCUUUGGCACCUGGAGCUCAUCUUUCCCCAGAGCAAUACACGGUUCAGUGAGAGGAGGGUUUCUGAUGGGCAAACUAUCCAGCAGAUCCUAACUUCAUAUGUACAUCCUUCAAAGUCAGACCCCGUCAAACGCCAAAAAUUGAAGAUGUAUGCACAAACCACAUUCGAUGAAACAAAGGUCUUCAUGAAGGUGGAGGGAGAACAAGCUAACUCUCUUAGGUACCAUGAGCUGGACCUGGGGGAAAAGCCUUCGGGACCACUUGAGCUACAAAAUGCUCAUAUAAUAUCCAGUGCUUCACAUAGUGCUCCGGAGUAAUUUCCAGGACUACCCACGGAAAGGAUCAGCUAAAACCAUGUCAGACUGCAGUCGAUUGGCGACAGAGAAGGACCACGGGACCAACAAGGUGGCCAAAGCUUUGCUGUCCUUGCGCCAGUCAGGAUUUGAUUGCCAGUCCGGUUAAACAGGUAGUUACAGAUGAAAUCAAACCCCCAUGGAAGAAACGGGCCAAGAGGGAAGUCGGGGAAGGCAAGGAUCUGGAGGAAGGAGAGCUCACAGAGAGCAGUGAAGAUGGGGGUGAGCAAGGAGAAGAGAGGGAUGGAAGAAAUAUUGAAGACAUACGAAAGAUAAAAGCCUAGUUCAAACGUGCUUGAAUGUUGCAACUUGCUGAUGACAGGAUGGGUCCUGUUAAUACUGUAUAUAAUGCAGAGAAUAGCGAUCAGUCUUACUGAUGUCAUCUUUACUGUAUAGGACAUGGCGUAGCAAGCUCAGGAAUCUUCUUUUUGAAUAAGUGUGUUGAUAAUGGAAGUCUGUGGGUCAGAAUGAUUAGCAUAGUUAAUAUUAAUUUGUAUUAAAAUGCUGCAAGAGAACUGCUAAAAGGGCCAUGCUUGCCUUAAUAAGCGUGAACAUAAAGUUCUUCAUAUAAUUGAUAGGAUGGUGAAACUAAAAUGUCCUGCCUUGUGUUAUGGAAAUAUGUUUAUAUAAUUUCUUAUUUUUUUGCAUUAUAUCUUAAAGUGUUCAUUGUAUUCUUGUUUUGCCAUUUAGAAAAAUUAACUGUUUUAUUAGGACGGAAGGUGAUAAUCUUUUUCCGAAAUAUUGCAAGGAAACACAAUACAGGACCAUACACUGUUUUUAUUUGACCUUUAUUCAUCCAGGUAGGUCCCAUUGAGAUAUAAUAUCUCGUCUUCAAGGUAGUCCUGGCCAAGAUAGCCGACAGUACAGUUACAGUACAGAGAUGACAUAGGCCACAGGCCACAGACAGACUGAAAAGCAAAGCAUGAGCAAACAAAAAGCACAGCAAGAAGACAAGUACAGUUUAGGUACAGAGAGGACAGACAACAAGCAAGAAUACAUUUAAAAGUCUGUUUCUAGUCUUGGAAAAAGCUAGAAACAGUGACACUGUUCGAUUAAAGUUGAUUUUAAGAAGAGAUUUUUAAUAACAUCUAUGGAGGGUAAUGACUUCAGAUUUAUUAUGUUCUGAAAGUAAUUCCAGGCGUAUUCUGUACGUAUUCUGUAAUUCUGUACGUCUAGCUGGGAUGUUUAGGAGCAAUUUGUUUACCGACCUAGUACUGGUGUGGCGUGUAAAGUUUACAGACUACAAAUGUAGGGUGGAAGUUUACCAACCAAUGCUUUAGCAAUAAAAAUCAUGGCUUUUCCUCCUGAGUGACCGGUGAAGUCAAUUUGACCAUUUCAUAUAAUUUGCAGUGGUGUGUGUUUUGUUUUUUGCUUUAGUAUCUGUCACAAAUGUAAAGCUGCAUGAUACACUACAUCCAACUUAAAAAAAAAAAAAAAAAAAAAAAAAAAAAAA